UUGAAAGAUUCCACUGGUCGCAAGUUAUGCAACUGGCCACCAAAAUCUGUUUAAGCAGAUGCAAGCUUCAUUAUUAAAGCUAAAACGCCAGAUUCCUCAUGGCCUUGCAUCUCAUUCACCUGCACAAGUCAUUAAAUAACUACCAAAAGGCUGGCCAGAUCUGCGAGAGACUAAAAGAAAUGUCGGAGGUGGAGAGUGAUGAUACAAAUACUCCUACUGCAUCGAAAAGGACACGGAUAACUCCAAUUAGAUUUCGGGAUGCACAGCUAACAGAAGGAGAAAAUGGUGCAGAGGCAUCGCCACGUCAUGACCAUUCAGCUAUGCAGCAGUGUCCACCACCAUUGCCAUACUCUUUGCCGCCAGUUGUGAGCCCUAGGGUAUCCGAAAGUAGAAGCUUUCAGCAAAUUAGCAGCAUUUCACCUCUGCCUUCACGGUUCCAACGCCCCUUGUCCGCAAGCACAGGGACCCACAACUCCUUGGAAGGUACACUAAAGCAAGCUCUACAACAUAUAAUGUCUCUUCUGGAAGAGCUGAAAAUGCACAUGAAAGAUGUCAAAAAUAGGCUUGCACAGAGCCAACCCCAAGAAAAGGAAAAUACAAGUGGGGAGCUGCCAGAGGGGAUUCAUUUGCCUUUAAAAUCUUCAGAGGACGUAGAAUGCCUCGAGCUGGACUUGCAGACGGAUCCAGGAAAACUGGCAUGCUUGGAAUGCUAUUUGAGAAUGCGUGGAGGAUUCAAUUUGAAGCAGGUAGUCAGGGGUAUACUAUCUCUGCUGUUUACAAAUGAGUUGGCCCGAUCCUACAACUUCCAUGGCCUGAAGGGGAAGAAGGGACUAAAGAACCACCCCUUUCUUUUGCAAACAAUUCAGGAUGCUGCAAGAAAAACGUGCCCUGCAGCUACAGAAGUAGAAGUGCAGGCAUUGAUUGCAAACUCGCUAACUGGUGCGCGGGACCGUGACAACGGAAGACGAGAAAGGGCACCCGAGCACAGACAAUUAAAAGCAUUUUAAAUAGUUCUGGGGAGGGGAAUGCAUCGGGGGACAUGUAAAGUUGGACAUUUGUUUUUAAAAUUCUUGCACAUAAAGCUGUCAAUUUUUAAAAAAAUUUGCAUAUUUUUAAUUAACAAUUACAAUAAACAUAAGUAAACGACAAAUCAUGUUUGUUUUUUGUAAC